GCACUUGGCUGUGUGGAUGGGUGUCUAUUUAAAUGUGUGACCAGGAAGGGCGAUCUACUGCACUCUCAGAUCAAGUUUACAUAAGCCUGAAGCUUUGUGAAGUUUGAAACUAUUUGCAAGAACAAACACCGAGCGAAGAGGAUUAAAGUUGUAAAGGACAUGUCAUCCAUAAAGGUUGAGUGUGUAAUCAAAGAAAAGAAUGAGAUUGGUGAGAGUCCAGUAUGGGAGGAGAGGGACUCCUCUUUGGUAUAUGUUGAUAUUUCCGGUCAAAGGGUCAGCCGAUGGAGCUCUCUGACAAGUCAAAUAGAGAGUAUUGCUACAGAGAAACCUGUGGGCUCUGUGGUUCCACGCCAGUCAGGUGGUUACGUCAUUGGAGAGGGAACUCGAUUUGCGUUUGUUGACUGGGGAAAGCGGUCUAUUACAACUGUCGCACAUGUGGACAAGGAAAAACCCAACAACCGCUUCAAUGAUGGAAAAGCCGAUCCAGCUGGCAGGUUUUUUGCAGGUACCAUGGGCAUGGAACUGCAGCCAGCAGUGGUGGAGAGAAAACAGGGAUCUUUGUACACCCUCCAUCCUGACCACUUGGUCGUCAAGCAUUUUGACGAAGUGGAUAUCUCCAAUGGUUUAGAUUGGUCACUGGAUCACCGCAUCUUCUACUACAUAGACAGCCUGGCUUUCAUGGUGGAGGCCUUUGAUUAUAACAUCCAGACUGGAGGGAUAUCAAACCGCAGAGUGGUUUACAGGUUGGAGAAAGAUGAAGGUAUACCAGAUGGUAUGUGCAUAGACACAGAGGGCAAACUGUGGGUCGCCUGCUACAGUGGAGGAAGAGUGCUUCGCAUUGACCCACAAACAGGCGUACGGCUCCAAACCGUGAAACUACCAGUUAAGAAAACCACAUCUUGCUGUUUUGGUGGGAAGGACUACAGUGAUCUCUACGUCACCACAGCAUAUAAAGGCAUGGAUGAAGAUUCACUGGCAAAACAGCCUGAAGCUGGCUGCAUAUUUAAGCCCAGGUUUCCGGUUUAGGAGUGAAGGGCAUUCCACCAUACUCAUUUACUGGAUGAAAACCAAGGAGACAGUGAUGUUCGUUAAAGCAUCAUAUUCAUCUUACUGUAACAAUUCACAAUGUUCUAAUCAUGCAAUCAGUGAUAUAACUCACACUUCUUAUGAUAAAGGGAAAUCUCACCUCAUUUUAGAUGAUUUCUAUAAUUUUAUGCAUUGGGAGCAAUUUGUGUAAGAUUAAACCGGAUGAAAUAGACAAUUUUUUUAGUAACUUAUAGUGCUGCUAUAGGUGUUCAGUAUUAAUAUAGUGAAUAAGUAUAAAAUUCCUGUUUACAUUAACAACACACUGUACAUUUGUGCAAGUAUUAAAGGAAUGUUCCGGGUUCAAUACGAGUUAAGCUCAAUCGAAAGCAUUUGUGGCAUUAUGUUGAUUACCACAAAUAUUUAUUUUGACAUGAAUGUAAACAUGAUUGUAGUGUGAUAAAAUCACUUACAAACCUUUUCUCUGUAAAGUUAUAGCCAAUUGUACAACUUCGUUUCCAUGACGAUGUAAUGUCAACAAACCCUAAAACGACUGUAAAAAUGACGAUUUAAACAACUUUACAGCUCAAAUAAUAGACAAGUUUUAAAAGAAGAAUUCGUGUUUGUGCUUUUAUAAAAUUAUAAGCUUCACAUUUCUGUGUCCCCAUUCACUGCCACUGUAAGUGCCUCACUGCAACCUCAAUUUUUUUUUUUUUUUUUUUUUGUGGUAAUCAACAUUAUGCCACAAAUGCUGUUGAUUUAGCUUAACUUGUAUUGAACCUGGAACAUUCCUUUAAGAAAUGAUUGCCAGUAAUGAAUUUGAUCAAUAUUGAACAAUUGUUUAUUAAUCAUUAAUCAAGUUUAUUAACUCAAUUUGAUAUUUUAUUUUUUUUUAUGUGCUGCUUAAGCUAAUGAGGUGCCAAUCAAACAGAACUACAUUUGUGAAAAUGUCAUAUCUACCAAUGACGAUGCUAUAAUAAUGAUAGUAAUGAUGAUGAUUACUAUUUUCUAAAACUUUUCCAUUUCCAUUUUGUUUACAUGAACCCUUUAAAGUCAACAUGAAACACUGUCAGAAACCCAUUUCACUUCCAUAAUGUGACAUUUUCCCAAGUGAAACUGGAUUUUCAACAAGAAAAAAUUUAGCCGGGACUUGGUUUUAUCAAUUGGGAAUUGAUUGGAUCAUGAAAAGUUGCUAUUAUAUUCCAGAAAUGGAGUCAGGUGGUUGGAGGAGUGGGGUUGAAAAGUUUGCGAAGUCAUUUCAAAGGCAGAGUAAACUGUUGCAUUUUGAAAAAACUUUACAAGAUGAAUAACAUGCACCAAGGAAUCGUGCACAAUAAGACCAGAAACGUGCAUUAAGAAAGUAAAUAGGGUCAAUUUUAAUUUAAUGUUGACUUUAAGAAUAUUCACUCAAAUGAUUUCUGGACCUUCUGUAUGGUUUCUAAUCAUGCAAAUGACAUUUAAAAACAAUACAAAACAACUGCAGAUAAAGUGGUUUGAUACUUUGGAUGAUUUGCAUUUCAGUUUCACAUUAGCCUAUAAACUGCCAACAUACUAGUAUUUUGCAUGCUCAUGAUAUUUGGUGUUUAUUGGUAUGAAUGUUUUGUUGCAAAUUUGCUCUCAUUUUAUUCUCCUGAACAACUACAUAUUUGUUUGUUUGCUGUUUUUAGUAUUUUGCCCAAUUGCAAAAAAAAAAAAAAAAAAACUGCUAUAGGAAGUAUUUCAGCUGUGUUGCCAAAAACUAUACAGAUCUUCUCUGAACUGUUUGUAAAGGGUUGGACUUUGCAUUCAAGGGUGAAUAUACAGUAUACUGUACAUAUAUACAUACAUUUAUGAAUUUGAAAUUUACUUUCAAGAAAGUCUGAAUUACUGCUGUCCUUAUGAAUUUUCAUGUGGGCUCAGUGAUUCGUAGGACUACUUCCUUGGAACUUUGCCGAAAUGGACUAUAGGGAAAAGGGUGGCUAACCAAGCUUGAUGUCUUGUAUGUGUCCCAUCAUAUCCAGCACAGAUGGUAAUAUUGGCCUCAGAUAGGUCACAAAAGUUUUGUCUACCUGUAGCUUGCCUAGUGGUUGAAUAAGGAACUGCAUGUCCAAAAUUAACCUUGUUUUUUGUAAUAGCUUUUUUGUUGAAGGAGAUAGAGGCACGAAACUAGCGUCAUUCAAUAGACGAGGACAGUGCGCAACUUUCACAACCAUUCGUUUUACCCCUAGUGGUUGAAUAUGGAACUGCAUGUCCAAAAUUAACAGUUAGUUGGAAGAAGAGGAUGAGAUUGACCCUCAGUCAGCCCCAGGACCAGCCCGUCAGCAGCCAGGACCAGCCCGUCUACAACAAGCUCAUCAGCAGCCUGCAGGAGGAGAAAUAUGGGUGUCUAAUCAAAUGUAGAUUAAUUUGUAUAAAAGCUAUUUCACCAAGACCUGUCCAUAUGCCCAUGUAAGACAACACCAAGAAUACAAAUAAACCUUGCAGAGAAGACAAGCAAAAGCACACAGACAGAAAAUUAAGGAAGACAUCUAAGGAAAAGCAAUCAAGGGUUGGACAUCCAACUCAAGAGAUGGUCGACAAAUACUAGGUGUACUGGAUAGGUAAGAGACAAUUGUCCUAACAUACAGUGGAACAGGAGAACAGUCAAUUCAUACACACACACACACACACCCAGUCCGAAGCUGUACGCUGAAAAGCCCCUUGAAUAAUAUAACUAUUUAGUUUAUGUUGUCUUUUAUCAUUGAAUCUGUGUGUAAACUGAAAGUCUUGCUGGAAAGCAUAUUUUGAGUUAAAGCCUUAGAAUAAAAGAAUACUCACGUGGA